AAUGCUUGUCGAGCGGUGGAUGAGCGCUAACGGAAUCCAUGAACUUGUCCUGACGAGAAAAAUAGUCAUUUGAAUGGGCGUAUCAUUUAUAUUUGACCUAUCUGUAAAAGGAACCUCAAGGAUAAAACGCACUGCAUAAUGACAUUUCUAAUGUUGGAUUUCUUCAUGUGUAAUCCUGUGAGAUGUAGCUAGCUACUUGGUUAGCUUGUUUGUUGGCCACCGGCUUUGCGCCAGGAGUAAAGACCAAUCAAUCGCCGGCUGCCUUCACCGCUAGUUUUUGUGUACAGAGUACUGCUGCUGAGGCAAGGGAAACGCACAGCGGUCACCGGUGACUGGACCUGGUGGCGUGAGAACUACGUUAGCUAAUGCAGUCUAUUAUAUACAGCAAUUUCCAGUCACCGGUUUUGAACCGAGGUGUUUAAAUUACGCCGCCGAAGGUCGACCCAGAUUAUAAUAAUAGAUAUAUCUUAGCUAGCCGGACAAGUGCUGCGCAAGGAUGUUGCAAGUGCUUGGCUGCGGCGUCGUGGUUUUUCCAGGUCUGUUCUUCCUGUUUCGAAAAGUGCUACCGUCCAUUUUCAAACAUUGGACCGAUGCUGACGUUGUUCUUGUUAGCGAGAGGCUGGUGUCCUCGGUGCAUGCCAUCAUGGCCACCACCGCUGGGGUGAUCGUGGUGUGCGCGUGUAGGGGCAAUGUGAUCAGUGACAAGCAUUGGCUUGCCACCUAUUUUGUCAUCUGGUAUGGCGUGCCCUACAUGUCAUACGACAUCUUUGCCAUGUACCUCAGCCACUACAACCGCUUCCGGGUCAAGGGUCACGAGGAGUACAAGAAGCACUCGUGGCGGACGGUCAACUCAUUUGUGCGUCGGGAGUUCCUGCUGGUCCUUCAUCACAUCGCCCUGCUGACCAUCCUGCUGCCUGUGACACUGUUCCUCAGGAAAGACCAGGGAGAUUUCUUCAUCGGCUGCCUGUUCCUCACAGAGCUCAGCACUCCGUUCGUCUCUCUGGGGAAGAUGCUCAUCCAGCUGGGGCUCCAGGACAACUGGGUGCACAAGGCCAACGGUGGCAUGGUGCUGCUCACCUUCUUCCUGUGCCGCAUCUCGCUCUUCCCCUACAUGUACUGGGUGUACGGCCAGCACUACGGCCUGCCGCUCUACAGCGUGCCCUUCCACCUGCCCCUGUCCACCAACCUGGGCAACCUGUGCAUCAUGGCGCCGCAGGUCUACUGGUUCGUCCUGCUCUGCAGAAAGGGCUACCGUCUCUACAAGCGCUCCCGGAACUCGGGCCCUCCCGUCGACACCGCCGCCGCCGCCGCUACCGCCGCCCUGGACAACAGCGCCAAGGGAGACCAGUAGAGCUGCACUCACACUCUCUACCACCCACCCACCAAUUGACCAACCAACAGCACCGACAACUUACUAGGGCACCAUUUUACUACUACUGUUACAGUACAGAUAGUGCUGCUACUACUACUACUACUUUGAUCACUUCUACUACUUACUACUUCUAUUAAGACUGGUAGGACUCCCUUCGGCCCCCCUCCCCCUCCCUCCAAAAAAAACCCGUCACUCGCUGUUCAGCUGAGCUCCACAGGGAAACAGUCUUGGGCAUCGGUUCAUAACGCUUGGCCUCCGAUUGGCUCCUCUCCUGCUUGUUGCCAUGGAACUAAAGGGUUGCGGGGGGUGGGGGUCAUGCUGGAGAGCGCCAGAGGCCUCCCUCUGUAGGACGAGGAAGCGGGUGGAGUGGCUGGAGCAAUGGACGGCACCUCCUCUUUUGCCAGGAGUGGCCUCCAGAAGCAACUGUGUGCACCCUUGGUAAAAAACAAAAAAAGAAAAAAGAGAGCCCCUCUCCCAAUGUUGAUGAACUACUGAUUGAAGAGUCUGUUACAGUUUUAGACCAGUGACCUUGGAUAUGGGUAUUAUUAUUUUUACUUUUAAUUUUUUUGGGGGGGGGGAUUCUGUCUGUCAAGUUGUUAGCCCAAGCAGCAUCCGUUUGGGGAGAUUUCCCCCUUGUUCUUUCCAGAAAGUAUUUUUGUUUUGAGAGGAAGGGGUGUGGGUGCACAAAGUCAGUUGGCAAGAGUGUCAUCCCAUCAUUCGUUCACUCACUAUAUAAAUCCAUAAAUGUGAUGUAACCCCACACACACACACACACACACACACACACACACAUACAAGCAUUUACGCACCAUCAUACACAUCUAGCUCUCCCUCUUCCCAUCUCAGUCCGUCCACGACCACCACCCUGCAGCACUCCUGUCUUCCUUGUUUACAGUCCAAUAGUUGUGUGUGUGCGCGUGUGUGUGUGUGUGAGCGAGCGAAUGUGUGCACUGCCCUGCUGUGACGGUUUACAAGUUCUCUAUAAACGUCCUUCCCUUAAAACAAAGUGGGGAUUGGGAAACAUUGCUUGGCACCUGGUCUAGGUGCUUCUGAUAUAAGAUAUGGUCAGCCUCCAUCACGGGGACCUCUCUUGAAAUUGCUGUGCAGCCUCCUGACCACAGGGGGGCGACGUGGUGUGUAGACCUAUCUGUUUACUUCAUGCACAGGAGGCAUGCUCCAGGGUUGGUGGCGUGGCGUGGUUGGUUGAGGGGUGGGACGUGGGGUAUGGUGUGGUUGUAGGCGGAGGUAUUCAAGUUGGUGUCUCAAGGCUGCUAAGUGGCGAGAGUGGUAGGCGUGUGUGAAUCUGUCCCUCCCAACACUGGGGGGGCCUACUGCUCGAGCCACGUGAAAUGCCCUGGGGCAUUACUAUGGGAAUCAUUUUGAGCAAUAACACUGGCUUUUUUUCUUUUUCUUUUUCUUUUCCUUUUUUUAAAGGGCAGAAGGGGGUGGAUUAGAGUUCCCAGCAUGCAAACAGAAGGACUGAACAGCUGCAUGCUGCUCUGCAAAAACACAAACGCACACUUAUAUUUAUAGGAACAGAUUAUAUAUGACAAAAACGUGAAGACUCUCUGUUGGCAGGCAGGAACCCCUUUGUCCCUCUCGUAGCUUUUUAGCCUCUGUGGACAGCGGUGUGUUUUAAGUUUAUUUUGUCACAGACUCUCCAGACCUGAAAGAGCUCCUUUUACCGUGUCUUGCCGAACGAGUACAAUACCAGCGCUGGCAUGUCACUGCGGCCCCAAUCGCCGUCCUCAGAUUCAGUCCAGUUUUGAACCAACCAAGGCAGAGAUUUCCUCUCUUUCGGAGUCGCUCAUCACUCACGUCAAAAUUGGCGCUCGGUAGAGGUGCAGGUCUGUGUUCAGGAUGUGGCUUUAUAGUUUGUAGCUGGUGGUUGAAGUGAGGUGCUGACCGUUUUCAUAGUCUUGCAUCAGAGUUUGGUGAGCCUUGGGUGGUGGACCCAGACCGAAGCCAGGUUUAGCGUUAGCUUUGAACAUUAGCAUGGAACUCAGUGCGCACAUCUCAGAGACAUCAUUUCACAGGGCUCUCGACACAUAGAAUAAAAUAUAUUUCAUAUGUUUUUAGCAAAUGCGUAUUAUAGUUUUUACUACACCUUUUAUGAAACUUUUGAGUAGAUUCCAUGAAUGCUAUCACAAGCUCUUGAAUUUUAAGGUAUUGAAUUGCUCUUAGAAAUACAUACAAGUCUGUUCACUGAUAAUAUUUUAAGAUGAUCUUAUAAAUAUGAAGAAAAACUGGACCUAAAAAAAGCUGCCUUCAGCUGUGUGUGAGUGUAUUUGAGUGAGUGUGUUUGAAUUCAUGUGCACAUGAGUGCGUGUGUGUGUGUGUGUGUGCGCGGGUGGGUGCGUAGGUUGGUGGAUGAGUUUGUCUGAGGCCUGAGAGGGCAAGAUGUCAUAGACGUCACUUUAAGCUUUCCUCUUCACGAGUGGGGAAAAUAUCCCCCCACCAUUUCCUGACCUGUGAACUAUGCACAGACCUCCUGUCGGCAAUGCCGUCAUGACACCGAAACAUCCCACAGUCCUCCCUUCGCCCCACACUAGUCCUCCCUUCGCCCCACACCAGUCCUCCCUUCCUUUGCCCCCCCCACUAGU